CCAACUGUUGGCUCGCGACGGGGCUGAAAGUAACGGGGCGCUCUUCUGCUGCUGCUGCUGCUGGCCUUAGCAAGGGUCAAGCAUAAAAUUCCACAAUUUGUUGGUGCAGCCUUUUCCGAGCGCUACACAUUAGCACCUUCCCCCGCGCGCCCACGUCGACUCAGCCGAUCCCCGAGCCCCGUUGCCGGCCAACUACCUGCUCAGCUCUUCAGCACGUGAUUUCUCUGUCUUGCUCCCCCUAAUCGGUCCAGGCGGCUCGCUCACGCCCAGGCGGGGCCAGGCGGGCGGGCGGACCGCGGCGGUGUGUUUGGCAAAGUCACGGCCAUUUUGAUCGACCUCACGGCAAACAGCUUUGAGCCCCAACAUGUCUGCGUACUUUGGCCCGUCGCCUGUGCAGACCAUCGGCCACAAGCAGCAAAUGUGGCGCAAGCUAGAAAAUUUUGAUUAUGACCCCGCACUGGCAGAGAUCGGCCUACUGACCUACUUCAAUAACCGCAAGACACACUCGACCGUCAACAUGUACGACAGCCUGUUCAACCAGCCCGAGGGGUGGGACCAACGACGGCCUCGGUGCGACCGACGCCUGGUCAGCCACAUCCACCCUGAAAUAUACGAAGAGGAGGAGGGCAAGAUCGUGCCCGUGUUGUGGUCGCUAAGCUAUGGCCGCCCCACACUGCCGCAGAUUGACUACCCCGCCAAGGAGUUUGCCCGCCGCCCCCAGAUGGCGAGCUUCUACCGGCGUUUGAACCUGCAGAUAGAGCUCGAGCGGAAGGCGUCCUAACCCUCCACGGUCCUCGUGGGUCGAGCGGCGCCAGUGAGGCGUCAACCUGUGGCAGCCUAGGGGGCAUCUUCCUCAAAGCAGUCUUCGUCACCCAUCUAGCGGAACCCAGCAGUCCCUCUUCAUCACAGCGGCACUUGACUUAUCUGACCCCGGCCAGCCAGCCUCACUGACCGAAGAGGCCUCCCUCGCAGCCCCUGAGCUGGGCGCUGCCCCCUGCCACCCCCUGUCGCUCCCUGCCGCCCCCUCGGACCGGUGCCGCCUUCUUACGCUGCAUGGGAAGCUUGUGAUGAAUCGGCGUUUAAACCUCGGCGCGGGCUAAUCCUGCCUCUUAAAGCCGCAUUCUUUACCGUCACUGCUGCUCGCCGCAGAGAGCC